GAACUGCAGCCGGCAAGUUAUUGCUCGUGCUCGCACUCGUGCACACAAUCCAUAACAAACAAGAGACUGAACGUGAUUCGAGGCACCUCACGAGAAUUUAUUUUUUCAUUCUUCUCUUAGAAGUACAAAAAGAAGUUGGAAAUACCUUUACAGCUAUAGACUCCUGUUAACAAACAUCCAGAUGCCGUCUACGCUUCUCAGAGCGACAUUUAGAUGACCAUGUUUGUGCUGCGCGCUUCAAAUAACAAAAUGGACGCACAACAAAAACUGACAGCAGUGAGAAAACAGCAGUUAAGAAAGCAUCUGAUCGUGUGGAUAUGUUUGCACCAGCUCUUCAAUUCAUCAUGUCGACAGAUGAGCUUUCUCUUUCAGAGCGAAGCCAAACUGAAGCUAGUGGGAUUAGUUCUGGACUGGCUACUGUCGGCUAUUGGAACACCCUCUAGAGGCUGCAGGAGGAGAACGCCAGCGCUGGCAGAUCAAUACAAUGGGAGAGAGUGAGAACGAGAGGGGGUAGAGAGGCAUAGGGAGGGAAGGAGAAGGAAAGAGAACGAGAGCGGGGGGUGUCGCUGGGUGAGGGAGGGAGACAGAGAUAGCGUGCAUUUGCGUGUGCGAGAGAGAGAGAGAGAGAGAGGAGGGUGCGAAAGACGGAUAGACAGAGAGAGACCGAGUUAGAGCGAGAGCAAGGUGCACACGCUGCUCAGCCUCCUCAUUGCAGCCGCGACAGGCAGCCAGAGAGGAGCUCCAAUCUAACUGGUGGCAACAAUAGACUACUGAAAACACAGCUUGACCGAUCAAUAGACCUUUGCCAGAAACAUUGUGAGAGGGAGAAAGCUGCUCAAGGACCAGGGUGGAGCAGAUAAGGUGAAGAUCUGAGGCAAUUACAGCACCGGCUUCCAAAACUAGAAGACCACUGGGGACUUUGCAGAGCAUCAGAGGGCGCAGGUUAUCCUUCUGUGUGGAGAGACAGGAAGAGCAUAAGCAUAAGUGCCAAUCAGAGGUCUAUUUGUGGAGUUGAUGAUCUCGCCCUAGUGCCCGAGUUGUGAUGUGGGGGUGCACCAUGGCAAUACAAGGUUCAAUAUUGAGCCUUGCUCUACUGUUCUUUGGGAUUCAAGCUGUUCCUAACCCCACCAACAAACUAGUGAGGACCACAAGGGUGAGACGACAAGUUCCAGAAGGUGGGGGUCCCCCUAGUAACCAGACCCAGCCCAUGAUCUUCAAUCAUGUAUACAACAUCAACGUACCUCUAGAGUCACUCUGUUCAGUGGACCUAGACGCAGUACCAGGCCCGGAGAUAAACAAAGGUACAACUGGGAGUGACAGGAUGCCGACGGAGUACACAGAAGAGACAGUGGACUCGGACAGCCAGGUGACCUUCACCCAUCGCAUCAAUAUCCCUAAGCAGGCCUGUGCUUGUCCUGCGGCUACCACCAUGGAGCAGCUGGCAAACCGCAUAGAGAUGCUGGAGAGGGAGGUGUCCUUGCUUCGAGCACAGUGUAGCUCCAGCUGCUGUGGAGAGAGCUCUGUUAUGGGUCGCUUGGACUUCGUCCCUCAGUGUGGCCAUGGCACCUUCAGCAUGGAGGUUUGUGGGUGUGUUUGUGAAGAAGGGUGGAUUGGCAAGAACUGCUCUGAACCCCGCUGCCCAGAUGACUGCUCCGGCCAGGGCAUUUGCAUCGAAGGCGAGUGUGUAUGCGACCGUAACUUUGGCGGUGAAAACUGCUCGGAGCCUCGAUGUCCAGGUGAUUGCUCUGGCAGGGGGUUGUGCAUUGAUGGUGAGUGUGUCUGCGAGGAAGCCUAUGCUGGGGAGGACUGCUCGCAGGGCAGAUGUCUGAACGACUGCUCAGAUCAAGGAACCUGUGUGAACGGAACCUGCCAGUGCAGAUCCGGCUUCCUGGGGGAGGACUGCUCUCUUAUCUUCUGUGCUAAUAACUGCAGCCAGAAAGGGGUGUGUAAGGAUGGUUUCUGUGCCUGUCAAGAGGGAUAUACAGGAGAUGACUGCACCUCAGUGUCACCUCCUAUGAAUCUGCAAGUUCAGGGAGUGUCAGAGAACACCAUUGAUCUGCAGUGGGAGGGGCCAGUGUUCCUGACAGACUAUCUCAUCACUUACGCCCCCACAACCCCUGGCGGAGUCCAACUAGAGAUCAGAGUCCAAGGAAACGUUACCAACACCACCAUCAAAGGGUUGGAGCCGGGUCUGGAAUACAACAUCAACGUGUACGCAGUGAUUGACAACAUCAUCAGUGCCCCUAUGAACACCUUAGCCUCCACCUAUCUCACGAAUCCAGACGGUUUACUCUUCAAAUCCAUCAUGGAGACAUCCGUGGAGGUUCAGUGGCAACCCUUAGACUACUUGUUUGAUGGUUGGGAAAUAAGCUUCAUUCCCAAGGACAAUGAUGGAGGGAUGACAGCACAACUACCCAGUACCAUCACAUCGUUCCACCAAACAGGGCUGAAGCCUGGAGAAGAAUACACUGUCAACCUGGUGGCCUUGAAAGACCAAGGCAGGAGCCUGCCUGUUACUGCAACCAUUAUUACACUAAUCGAUGGGCCAACGCAACUUAUUGUGCGAGACAUCUCAGACACGGUUGCCUUUGUGGAGUGGAGCCCACCCAAGGCUAAAGUGGACCAGAUUAUAUUGCGGUAUGGGCUGGUAGGGGUGGACGGACCAAAGACCACCUUUCGCCUGCAGCCCACUCUGAGCCAAUACUCCCUCCAAGUACUGAGGCCUGGAUCCACGUAUGAAGUAUCAGUUUGCGGAGUCCGGAAUGGCACUGAGAGCGGAGCCAUUUCCACAGAGUUCACGACAGAAAUUGAUGCACCAAAGAACCUGAGAGUGCUGUCAAAAACGUCCACUAGCCUGGAGCUGGAAUGGGACAAUAGUGAGGCAGAUGUAGAAGGCUACAGUGUGGUCUACAGCACUCUGGCUGGCGAUCAGUAUGACAAAGUCAUUGUCCCACGCAACGAUGGCACCACCACCAAAACUACUCUCAAUGAUUUACUGCCUGGCACUGAGUAUGGCAUAGGAAUUUCAGCUGUUGUAGGUGCCAACCAAAGCACCCCAGCAACGAUGAAUGCCAGAACGGGUCUAGAUGUCCCCUUGGAUUUGACUGUCACAGCCUCCACCGACAACACCAUCACGCUGUUGUGGGGUACGGUGCAGGGGCCUAUUGACCACUAUAGGGUGACCUACACAUCCUCCACUGGAGUCACAACAGAGCUUACGGUGCCCAAGGAUGUCACCACCACCACACUGACAGGUCUAGAGCCGGGCACCGAGUACACCAUUACAGUUGCAGCACAGAGAGGCAGGCAGCAGAGCACCGCGGCCACUAUUGAUGCCUUCACAGGGUUCCGCCCUAUCACGCAGCUCUUCUUCUCUGAAGUCACAUCUGAUUCAUUGACUGUGGCGUGGAGUGCACCGGCACCGCCUGCUGACGCAUUCAUCUUGAACUACAGUGCUCAGGACUCCAGUGAUGAUUCUGAAAUUGCUCUGGAUGGGUCCAAAACCAGAAUCACCCUCACUGGUCUCCUGCCCUCCAGGCGGUACACUGUUACCUUGGUUACCAUGCACGGCAAUGUGACCUCAAAGCCAGUAAUAGGCUCAGUCACAACAGGAAUGGAUCCUCCCAGAGACAUGACUGUGCUGUACGUCACUGAGGAAUCUGUAACCAUAUCAUGGAUUCAGCCACUCGCACCCUUUGAUUACUACAAAAUGUCUUACCAAUCACCAAAAGGUAGGAUGGACAAUGUGGUGAUUGACAAUGAUGUCACCAACUACACCCUAACCAGCCUCCACCCAGCAACAGAGUACGAAAUCAAGCUGAACGCAGUGAGAGGAAGCCAAGAGAGCAAGGUCAUCACCACUACUGUCUUCACAGCUAUGGACAUGCCUAUGGAGCUCACCGCAUUGAAUGUCACACCUCAGGGGGCUCUGCUGCGUUGGAACCCCCCUGUUUCCAGUGUUGAUAACUACGUGCUCACCCUCACCCGUAACCAAGUUACGGCAGACACCUUCUUAGUGGAGGGUAGCAAGCAGGAGUACCAGCUGAGUCAGCUCAUUCCCAGCACCACCUACUCAGUGGCCCUCUAUGCCACCAAAGGUCCUCUCACCAGUGGCACUGUCAUUGCCAACUUUGUCACACCCAUGGAUGCGCCCCAGAACCUGACAGCCAGUGAGAUUAACCAUCGAAGCGCCCUCAUAUCCUGGCAACCGCCCAUCGCAGACAUCGAUAACUACAUGCUGACCUACAAAGCAGCGGACGGCAGUCGAAAGGAGCUGAUCUUAGAUGCCGAAGACACAUGGAUCCGUCUCGAGGGGCUGGCGGAGACCACCGAAUACACUGUGAGACUGCAAGCCGCCAGAGGAUUAGAGACCAGCGCCAUUGUUUCUACUUCUUUCACAACAGGAAACCGGUUGUUUCCCACGCCUCAGAACUGUGCGCAGCACCUCCUGAAUGGAGAGUCCCUGAGCGGAAUCUACACCAUCUACAUCAACAGAGACCUCAGCCAAGGUGUGCAGGUUUACUGCGACAUGACCACCGACGGAGGCGGCUGGAUAGUGUUUCAGCGACGUCAGAAUGGUUUGACUGAUUUCUCCAGGAAGUGGAGUGACUACAAGAUCGGCUUUGGCAACCUGGAGGAUGAAUUCUGGCUCGGGUUGGACAACAUUCAGAAGAUUGCAGCUCAAGGUCGGUACGAGCUCCGCAUUGACAUGAAAGAUGGCCAGGAGUCAGUAUAUGCCAACUAUGACAGGUUUUCCAUUGGAGAUUCCAAGAGCCUCUACAAACUGAGGAUAGGAGAGUAUAAUGGCACUGCAGGUGACUCUCUGAGCUACCACCAGAGCAGACCUUUCUCUACCAAGGACAAGGACAAUGACAUCGCUGUCACCAACUGUGCAAUGUCCUACAAGGGAGCCUGGUGGUACAAAAACUGUCAUCGGGCCAACCUUAACGGAAAAUACGGAGAGUCCAGACAUAGUCAGGGUAUAAACUGGUAUCACUGGAAAGGCCAUGAGUUUUCCAUCCCUUUUGUGGAGAUGAAGAUGAGACCUUUCAACUACCGCAGCAUCAGUGGCAAGCGGAGGAGGUCCACCCAUUAAUCCACCGUCCUACUAGCUGUUUCUAUUUUUAAACGGGGCAACGAGGACACAAGGAGCGAUGUAACUUAUUUAAAUCUUUGAAUGACAAAAUCCCUUUGACGAAUGUCUGUUGUAAAUUGUAAACUUUGAGGUUCGGUGACUUUCUUAUGUGUAAUGCUAUUUGUUCAGUUCUGGGAGAAUGAAGACUAGGUAAUGUUUGGUAUUGUUCAGCACGUUUACAGUGUGAGGCCUGCGGAAAGAACCUCGUUAUUAAGUGAAGAAAAGAGAUCAUUUCUCCCUUUGAGAUAAAAGAUUUUAGAAGAAAAUGAAUGCCCAUAAAAAUGAGAUGCUUCUAUUUUUAUAAAUGAUGAGAAAUACCUUUAAAAAGUAACUGAGUGAUUUUCAUGUUCAUGUGACCCAUUACAGUGUUACAUUUUGCAUUUACUCCACCCUGAAGCCAACACUAUUCUUGUAUUACUUUAUUGUUAUUUCAUCUCAUAUUUAAACUUACAUUAACUGUUGAAGCAUUGCAGGGGAUAAAGUUCUUACACUGUUACAGGGUUUUCUGAAAAGACAAAACCACAAAAUGCUAUUAUCAUUGAAACCUCAGAAACCAAAGAAUUAUUCAGUAUCUGAGGUCAAAUCUAUGGAAGCUUAUUUCCACCACUGAAUAAAAAAUAAAAAAGGUAAUUGCUACUUUUUAUCUCACGAUUUUGAAUUUUGUUUCUCACAAUUGCGAGUUUACAUCCCGCAAU